UUCGCCUGUAUUUAUUAUUGGCUCAAUACAGAUCAUCAACAUCGAUAGCCAUAUAUGGUUGUUUAAAUAAGGCAAUAAAUAUAAACUGCACUUUUGAUGUAACAACUCAUUCUGUAACCUCAGCAUAUCGUUUGGUUUUGAGAGAGAACAAGAAUUUGAUCCACUGAAGUUGCCCUACUUAACUCAGCUAGUUUAUUCAAACCGAAAAAAUGGCAGAGGAUGAGAUAAGUGCAUUGGUAAUUGAUAAUGGAUCUGGUAUGUGUAAAGCUGGAUUCGCUGGUGAUGAUGCACCGAGAGCUGUGUUCCCGUCAAUUGUUGGUCGUCCAAGACAUCAGGGAGUUAUGGUUGGUAUGGGACAAAAAGAUAGUUAUGUUGGUGAUGAAGCCCAGUCGAAAAGAGGUAUUCUAACAUUGAAAUAUCCUAUUGAACAUGGGAUUGUUUCUAAUUGGGACGAUAUGGAGAAGAUAUGGCAUCAUACAUUUUACAAUGAACUACGUGUAGCUCCAGAAGAACAUCCUGUCCUAUUGACUGAAGCACCAAUGAAUCCAAAGGCAAAUCGUGAGAAGAUGACACAGAUCAUGUUUGAAACAUUCAAUAGUCCAGCUAUGUAUGUCGCUAUUCAAGCAGUUUUAUCUUUGUAUGCAUCUGGUCGUACUACGGGUAUUGUGUUGGAUUCAGGAGAUGGUGUAAGUCAUACUGUUCCCAUUUAUGAGGGGUAUGCUCUACCACAUGCAAUUCUCCGUCUUGAUUUGGCUGGCCGUGACUUAACUGAUUAUCUUAUGAAAAUAUUAACUGAACGUGGUCAUUCAUUUACCACUACUGCUGAACGUGAAAUUGUUCGUGAUAUCAAAGAGAAACUUUGCUAUGUUGCCUUGGAUUUCGAUCAAGAAAUGGGUACUGCUUCACAUAGUUCAUCUCUUGAAAAGAGUUAUGAAUUACCUGAUGGGCAAGUGAUUACAAUUGGUAAUGAACGUUUCCGAUGUCCUGAAGCAAUGUUGCAACCAAGUUUCUUAGGAAUGGAAUGUGCUGGUAUUCAUGAAACCACCUACAGUUCUAUUAUGAAAUGUGAUGUUGAUAUUCGUAAAGAUUUAUAUUCAAAUAUUGUCCUAUCUGGUGGUUCUACUAUGUUCCCUGGUAUUUCAGAUCGUAUGCAAAAAGAGAUUUGUAAUCUUGCACCGACUACAAUGAAAAUUAAGAUUGUUGCACCACCUGAACGUAAAUACUCUGUAUGGAUUGGUGGGUCUAUAUUAGCGUCAUUAUCUACAUUCAAUCAAAUGUGGAUAACUAAACAAGAAUAUGAUGAAUCUGGUCCAGGUAUUGUACAUCGUAAAUGUUUCUAAUUCAAUUUAACCAUUGUACAUUUUGUGCUUGUUGCAUACAUUCUUGUCUUUCUUCCUUUUUUUAUAGAACAAUAAUUUUAUUCAAUCUUGUCUAAAUAAAUUAUGAUUUCUUUUUUUCAUAAACUAUUGUUAAUUAGACUGAAAUUUUACUUUAUCAUUAAAUUCAUGUC